AUGCAAGCUGCAAACCGACUCCAGAAGGCACUGAAGAGUGGCAAGACAAGCUUCGGAGGAUGGCAGAUGCUUCCUGGUGCCAAUCUGAGCAGAACCAUAGCAAGGACUCCCAACCUAGACUGGAUCUGCGUCGACUGCGAGCAUGGCAACAUCUCAGACGACGCGAUGCACGAAUCGGUAGCAGCAAUUGCGGCCUGUGGAGUCAGCCCUGUGGUGAGAGUGGCAGAUGGUCAGCAUUGGAUGAUCAAGAGAGCAUUGGAUGCUGGAGCGCAUGGUAUCAUCGUACCGCUGCUGCAGACUGCCCAAGACGCGAAGAACGUUGUCCGUUUUAGCAAAUUUCCGCCGCAAGGUAAUCGGGGAUUGGGCAGUCCAUUCGCGAUGGAGAAGUUCGCCGAGCAGACUGUCAACGGGAAGGAGCUCUCGUUGAUGGAUUACUACCGCCAAGCGAAUGAUGGUAUUGUUGUCAUCGUGCAGAUCGAGACCGCUUCGGCCCUGGAGCAGAUCAAGGAGAUCGCGGCUGUUGAUGGGAUCGAUGUUCUAUUCCUCGGUCCUGUUGAUCUUGGCAACAGCAUAGGACACUCGGCCGAGUCGAUCGGUCAGUAUUCGCGUGAGCUUGAAGAAGCCAUGAAGACUGUACACCAAGCGACAAAGGAUGCUGGCAAGUACACCGCGCUCUACACCGCAGGAGGGGAAUCGGCAAAGAAGUAUGCCGAACAGGGCUUCAACAUGGUAAAUGCAAUGAAUGACGUUGCUGCGAUCAAGUCGGCCUUUGGGCAGGCGGUUGAGACAGCGAGGAAUUAG